CCGGAUAGAAGCGCUCCUUGACGGGUACUGCCCCCUCGACUAGGCGUAUCUCGUGAUUUUCGAUCUUCGUUCUCCCUAGACCGUGUGCAUCGAACGACCGAAACUUCUCCUUCACUUGGUCCAGCCGUGUCUGUUGGGAGUGUGUCAACUCGUGGGGUUCCAUCGGUCUACUCCUCGUCAGCAGUUCGGCCUCGAUUUCAGCUACCUCUUCUCCUUGUUCCCGGCUUACUAUCUGCGGCGCCAGUCCAAAUUUUUGCCAGAAAUCGACUCCCAGGUACAAAGGCUGUUUCAGCGAGGGACACAGGAACAAUUCCAUGGUAUGCUUCUGGCCUCCGUAGGUCAUCAAUGCCGUCACAUGACCCAGGAUUUGAUGAGGCGUGCCUCCUGCGGCUGACUGAUGCCCCUGUAUCCAGCAAACCCAUCAGUUUCAUCGAGCCCAGGCUCACUUGCGUAAAUGGUCGGUCAUCCUGGCUCAGUGCAGAGCGGAUUGCUGCACAUAUGCCGCGUCUCCUCCUCUGGCGUGCCUGGAACCUGACCCGAGCUCUCUGUGUUCUGGCUGAACCUGUUCGAGCGAUCUCUUCCACCUCGUCUCCCAUUAUCCUCUUCCGGGUCUGCUCGUAUCGAUGCUGCAUUUCUGCUAACGGCUUACGCUCCGACCAUCUUGCCCCAGAAAACCCUGAAGAUCUUGGCGUCCUUACACCAGGACAUUUUCUAAUUGGUCGUCCGCUGAUGGAGUUUCCCGAGCCUGAUGUUACAAAUCUAAACUUUAACAGACUAGAUUGCUGGCAAAGAGUCGCCUGUGCUCAGCAGAUCUUUUGGAAGCGUUGGAGUGAGGAGUAUUUGACUCUGCUACAACAACGUGCCAAAUGGCGCACACCGCAGCCAUCGAUCCAAGUCAACGACAUCGUCUGUAUAAAGGACGAAAACUUGCCGCCGUUGAAGUGGCCAUUAGCACGGGUGAUCGACAUCAUCGCUGGAGCUGAUGGCACUGUGCGAGUUGCCGUCCUGAGAACACCGUCUGGAACCACUCGUCGAGCUGUCAACAAGCUGUGCGUCCUACCCGUUGAGGAUCCUGUUAAAAGCCCUAGUCUUUCAACGGGGGGGAGUAUGUUCGGAGCAGCAGCCGAUAAUAGUUCUUCUUAAUAUCAUAUAGUCAUACAUCAUCUCUUAUACUGCUUAUACUUAUCGCUCUCUCAGUACGCUCCCGUACACACGCACAUAUGCCAGUACUGCUUAUAGUGCAUUGCUUCGCCCUGUUCUCGGUGCAGUCCAAAGAUUCGUCGAACGCAUCGAGUCGUAGUUCACGGCCACGGCCUCAAACCAUUUGUAACCCGUCGUGAAAA